AUGUUUAAUGACAAUAUUCUUCUAUAUGGACUCGUUCAUUUUGACAAACCUGAAGAUCUACCACGACGUCAAUUCUUGCUUAUGGCUAUACAAUUCUAUGAAGAGAAAAUACGCAAUGAAAAAGAAUCAUUACAAAUAGCUCAAUAUUAUAUUAAUAUAGGUCAUUGGCAUUUAUUAUUAGAAGACUUUUCUAAAGCUCUUUCUGCAUAUCAAGCGGCAUAUGCAUUAGACACAAAACUUAACCAAAAUCCAGAAUUUCUAUUUGGUCUUGGUAUUGUUUAUCAUCAUUAUGGUGUUGAUAAUCAUGCAAUACGUGCUUAUCAACAAGUACUUUAUGUUGAUAGUCAAUUUUUACGUCGAAGUGAUGUUCAUCUUCGUUUAGGUUUAAUUUAUAAAAAAUUAGGUGAUUAUACAUCAAGUUUAAAAUAUUUUCAACGUGCAUUAGGUGAUUCAACAAGUACAUGUUCAUUAACACGUUCCGAAUUAUCAUAUUUAAUUGGUUUUGUUUAUGAACAACAAGGACAUUUAACUGAAGCUGAGAAUCUUUAUGAAAAAUUAUUACAACAACCAGAUACAAUAGCAACAAAAUUAGAAGGAAAAAUUUUACGACAACUUGGUUGGCUUUAUUUUUAUGCACCAUUAACAAAUAAUUCCAAUAUAGAUAAUUUAAAUGUUGAAAGAGAAAAUCAAAUAAAAAAAGCUAUAAAUACCUUAGAACAAGCAUGUAAAUGUGAUCCAACAUGUGGAAUAACAUAUUAUUAUUUAGGACGAUGUUAUGCAGCAUUAAGAAAACAUACAGAAGCUUUUUAUACAUAUAGAAAUUGUGUUGAUAAAUUAGAUCAAAAUGCUGAUGUUUGGUGUUCUAUUGGAGUUCUUUAUCAACAUCAAAAUCAAACAAUGGAUGCAUUACAAGCAUUUGUUUGUGCUAUACAAAUUGAUAAUAAACAUGCAAUAGCAUGGAUGGAUUUAGGAAUUUUAUAUGAAACAAGUGGACAAGCACAAGAUGCAUUGUUUUGUUAUAAAAAAGCAAUUAUUGAUAAAGAUGAAUCAUGGAAUCCAGAAUUAAUAAAUCGUAUUAAUCAAUUACAAUCUUGUCUUGCUCAAAUACCUGAAGGUGCUAUUGGAAAACAACCUCGUGGUCCAUUACCUAAAGUUGAAGAAGCUUUUACACUUCCAAUUCCUAGCGAAUUAACUGCAAAGCAACAACAAAUGGCAACUACAUCAUCAGCUACUACUUCUCUUCCAAUACCAUUAUCAACAAAUGUAUCAAAUCAACAAUGUUCAUCAUCAUCUGAAACUCUUCCUAUUCCUCCAUCAUCUGUUUUAACUUCAAAUAUAAAACCAUCUAUUGAUGUCGUACGCAUUGAUAAACGUUUAUUAACAACUGAUCAAUCAAUAAGACCAAAACGUAUUAAAUUAGAACCAACAGUAUCAUUUACAAGUAAUACAAGUUCAAAUGAUUUACAAAAAAUAAUUAAACAUUCAUCAUCACCAUUACCACCAUUACCUGUUUCAUAUUUACCUGAUGGUCAUAUACCAAAAUUACCUCAAAUACCAAAAAUUGCUUCUCUUGAUCUUAAUCCAGCUACACCAAGUGUUAUUUUAGAAACACGACGUGAAGCAACAUCAGCACAAUUACAACAAUAUUGUUUAUCACAACCUAUAUGUAUUGUGCGUGGUUUAGCAAAUGUACUUAAACUUGAUUUAGGUUUAUUUUCAACAAAAACACUUGUUGAAAGUCAACCUGAUCAUCAAAUUGAAGUACGUACACAACGACAGCAAGCGAUAGAUGAAAAUUUCGAUUUUACAUCAAUGACAAUACCUUUAAAAAAUGUUUGGAAACAUCAAUCAACACGUUCAUAUACAACUAUAGCGAAAUAUGCUCAAUAUCAAGCUUAUUCAUAUCAUGAUAUGGUUAAAGACGAAUUAAAUGAACCAAUUUUACCAUCAAUUAAUACAAAUAGUGGUUUAAUAGCAAAUACAAAUAUAAUUAUGACUAAUGGAACUGCAAAAAAAACUACUAACAAAACAUCGACUAACAAUUCUUCAAUAUCAUCAAUUCGUAUAAUAAAAUCUGGUACAAAUGUUGAUUUAUCUGAUGAACGAAAAUGGGCAGCACAAUUAUCUGAAUUAACAAAAUUACCAUUAUUUAUGCGUGUUGUAUCAGCAGGAAAUCUUUUAUCCCACAUUGGUUAUACAAUUUCAGGUAUGAAUAGUGUACAGUUAUACAUGAAAGUGCCUGGCUCAAGAACACCAGGUCAUCAAGAAAAUAAUAAUUUUUGUGCGAUUAAUAUUAAUAUUGGUCCUGGGGAUUGUGAAUGGUUUGCUGUUGCCAAUGAAUAUUGGGGUGUUAUACAUACAUUAUGUGAAAAAAAUGGUGUUGAUUUUUUAACUGGAUCAUGGUGGCCUAUAUUGGAUGAUUUAUAUGAUGCACAAAUACCUGUUUAUCGUUUCAUACAAAAACCUGGAGAUCUUGUUUUCGUGAAUAUAGGAUGCAUUCAUUGGGUGCAAUCAGUUGGUUGGUGUAAUAACAUAUCAUGGAAUGUUGGUCCAUUAAUUUAUAAUCAAUAUUAUGCAUCUAUAGAACGUUAUGAAUGGAAUCGAUUAUGUUCAUGUAAAUCCAUUGUACCUAUGAUACAUUUAUCAUGGAAUAUCGCACGAAAUAUUCGUAUAAAUGAUCGUCAUUUAUUUGAAUUAAUUAAAUUUAUUUUACAUCAAUCAUUAAAAUAUAUACAAUUAACAUUAUCAUAUUUAGAACAACAAUUUGGUCGUGGUGUAGAUGUACGAAAACAAUUACGUACAACACACGAACCAGCACAUUACUGUAUAACAUGUGAUUAUGAAGUAUUUAAUAUAUUAUUUAUAACGGAAAUUGAUCGUAAACAUGUUGUACGUUGUUUGGAUUGUGCUUUACAAUAUGAUAAACAAUUAGAAAAUGUUGUUGUUUUAUAUCAAUUUACAUUAGAUGAUCUUAAAACAGUCUACGAUCAAUUUCAAUUAUAUCUAUUACCAACAUUAAACUCAACAACACGAUCAAUAACAAAUACGUGA